AUGACCAGAAUUUCGCCAUUCCACAAGAGCAUCAUCAUUGACGUGAAGAUGGGGGUUCAACAGGGUGCUACAAUCUCACCCAAAAUAUUCACAGCCACUUUCGAGAACGCAAUGCUAAAGUUGGAAUGGGACGACAUGGGAGUGAAGGUUGAUGGCCGGCAGCUACACCAUUUGCUCUUUGCUGGUGACAUCGUACUGAUAACACCUACCAUCAACCAAGCGGAACGAAUGCUGACUGAAUUCGACGAAACAUGUGGAUGCAUCGGUCUUCAGCUGAAUCUGCAAAGGACGAUGUUCAUGCGCAACGGAUGGGUCUCGGAUGUCCCAUUCACGCUCAACGGAACGAACAUAUCCGAAUGCACCAGACACGUUUAUCUGGAUCUGGAAUUGAACAUGAUGAACGACCUGACCCCCGAGCUGGGCAGGAGGAGACGAGCGGCUUGGGGAGCGUAUAAGAGCAUCGAGGAUGUAGUAAAGAAGACCAGGAACACCCGUCUCAGUGCUCACCUCUUCAACACCACCGUACUUCCUGCUUUGAUCUAUGCUUCGGAAACCUUGGCAUUUCGCAAGCACAAAAAAAAAACGCGGUGA